AUGACAAAGCAGCCCAAAGCUACACACUCCUUCCCAGACUUCAUGCAGGCUGAUGGCAAGAUGAGCAGGUGGGCUCACCUCGUCCUGUUUACCCAGGCUGGCAACAACACUAAGACUCUCCUGGGAACAUUUCAUAUCCUGCAUGUGAAGACAGCCUGGAGUGACACUGGUUUUCACCUUCUUUUAUUUGAUUUGGAAAACCUUGUGGAACUUCUGCUGCCGACUCCCGCGGGUGAUGAGGAUACUUAUAGCUCGUCCUAUGGCAGUGAGAUCCUAAGGAGAGCCAGGAGCACCGUGGAGAAGAAAACCCUGACGCUGAAAAGAAGCCUCACUGCCUCUGGUCCCCUCUCAGCAGAGCCACCUGCCAAGCCUGCUCCUGAAAACUGGGUCCUAGGAGAGAGUGUGAUCCCAGCCUCCGAGGAACAUGACGGAAUAAAGAGGCCGAAGAAGGCAAAGAGCUCCAAAAAGAUGCACCCCAGGCUGUCAAGGAAUGUCGACGCCGCCUUCACUGUUGAUGCCGCGAAAUUGCUCCUGUCUUGCGUCUUGCCCUGGGGAGUGAAUAAAGACCUAGACGCGCUCUGUGCUCAGCACCUGCAUGUGGUGAAACUCCAGGGCACUGUGUCUCUGGGGCUGGCUUCAGAUGAAGAUCACUUCUCCUUGAUGCUUCCCGGCUGGGGUGCAGGCCAGUCUGAAACGAGAAGGGACUUUUUGGCAGGAAAUGUGUUUUCCAGCAGAGUGGUGGACUUGUCCAAUAAGUAUACCUUGGCUCUUUCAAGUCAGGCAGAAAUGCCCAGAGGUCUGGAGAACAGCUGUGACGCUUCUGCUGCAGAAUCCAGCAUGCUGAUGUAUUUAUUGAGCAGAAUACUUUGGAUGACUAGGCUACUUUGCGCGCCUUCAGAAGUGACGUGUGGGAGUGACCGUUCUUUCAAAAUGGAAUCUGUGCAUAACAAGAUGAAAAGCUCUGGGAGUGAUCUUCUGAGUAUUUCAAGCUUCCCUAGUUACUUACGAAAUGGUAAGAAUGAAGCGCAUAGCCCGGAACCCGAUGAUCCACUUUGGAAGCUCGUUUCUUGCUGGCGACACCAGUCUGUACAGGUAACUGAAGCAAUCCAAGCUGUUCUCUUGGCAGAGGUUCAAUGGCACUUGAAGACCUUCAGGAAGACCCCAGCAAAAAACCAGCUGGCGUCCAUGGCAGAGGACGGUAGCUCUGAGGAGAUCCAUGUGCUGCCAGAGGCAGCCUGGGCCAGGGAGUUCCUGCCACGGGACACUGCAGACACCGUGAUUCCACAGGUCAGCCCGGUCAAGCAUAACAGCAACUCUGAGUCGGCAAACUUCCAAAUCAAAGAGGACAGGCCUGACAGAUGUGUCUUGGAGGAGCCCAACAGUCCAGGAGAGUCAAGACAUCACUCAUGGAUGGCGAAGAUGUGCUUCUGCAAGAUGUGCUAGACACACUUUCAUCUCUAAGAACUGGAUUGUUGGACAGAUGUUUAUCAUUGUGUGUAAGCUACAUUGUUACACAUC